AAGAGCGACGGGGCAGGCUCACUCCCCGCCGCACCUCCACGGCGCCAGCCGCUUCGCGUCCUCGCUGCCGACUGAGCUGCUGCAGUCCUCCUGACUUUGUACAAUAUUGUUGAUGGGACAAAGAAGCGGACGUCAAGAAAACAGCAAGAAACUAGAGCUGGCAGUAAGUGAGACCAUGCAGGCAGAAGAAAAGCUACAAAAUAAUAAAGAGGAAGAUGAAGAGCCAAUGGCCAAAGACCGGAGGCUAAUAUCAGUCUUUGGUGUGGCAGACUUGAAAAAUGGAGCUAUUGGACUGUACAACGUUGGACAGAGCUGCUGUCUGAACUCUGUGCUUCAAGUGUUCCUCAUGAAUAUACACUUCACAGGGUUACUUCGAAGGAUCACAGUGCCACCAAGUGCUGCUCAGAAGAGGAAGAAUGUCCCGUACCAAAUGCUCCUGCUGUUGGAGGAAAUGCAGCGUGGCAAGCAGAAAGCUGUUUCUCCCAUUGCCCUGGCGUGUUGCCUUUCAGUAUACAGAGUGAAAUUGUUUGUGCAGCAUGAUGCUGCCCAGCUCUUUCUGACUCUCUGGAACUUGAUAAAGAAGCAGAUGAAAAUGCCAGAGCUGGUUGAAGAGCUGAGUGAUUUGUAUGCCAUCUGUAUACAGGAGCACCUGGCCUGUCAGAAAUGCUCUUUCGAAGUAAAGAGGAAGAGCAGCAUGAUAACCCUUCCAAUCCCAGUGUUGGAUUUCAAUUCUCAAGUGCUGAAGACUCUGGAGGCCUGUCUGCAAUAUUUUUUCCAUCCAGAAGAACUGACUGAUAAAAACAUGUGUUUCUGUGAACAGUGUGGAAGGAAAACACCAUUUCUGCAGAGCAUGAAGCUAGUCCAUCUGCCACAGACUCUGACCAUACACCUAAAACGCUUCUGCUUUGAAGAAUCGGCCAAGAUUCACAAGCUCAGUCACUAUCUGCCAUUCCCACAAGACCUUGAUUUCAAUGCAAUCUUGACAGAAGAUCAGUGCCAAGCAGAUGACAAAGAAAAGGCUGCCUGGCAGUAUGAGCUUUUUGCUGUUGUUGCUCAUUCAGGAUCAACUAGUUGUGGACACUACUGUGCCUACGUUCGAAGUCUGACAGAAUGUAAAUGGUAUUGCUUCAAUGAUUCCGAGGUUUGCCAGGUGUCAUGGGAUGAUGUUAAGUGCACCUAUGGACAUUCCAGCCUCCAUUGGGGAGAAACGGCCUAUCUCUUGACUUACAUGAGAAAACAUUCUCAGUAGCCUUAUCCAGGCAUAUCAGAACACGUUGGGAAGCUGUGUGUUGCCCUUGGAGCUCUGCACCUCUGUGUCAGUGUGGCACAAGAAAGUGUUCACAAGAAAGACAUUCUGCACUCACUCAGUGACUGCUGCCCUCACAUUUAUUUAUGCAAAAAGUGCAGGAGAGACUCAGCUAGAGAAAGGAUCCAAGAACUGUUGCACUUAGAAACUUUUUGUUUCAUGUUUUUUUGUUGGUUAUGUGAGUUUAUAUAUUAAUUUCCUCUGAAAAGAUAUCAGAGUCAAGGACUGACUUUCCUGACUUACCAGUUUUCUUUAGUGCUGAUGCUUAGGUUCCAGUGCAGGGGAAGGGUUUGGCCUGAAAGCCUGUGUGAUGCUCUGGGGAGGCACUUGGUACAGCUGGAGACCUGCAAUAACCAUACCUGUCUAGGAAGACCUUGAGACUUACUCUGUCCUUUUAGCAUCAUGUUAGAUGCUGGCAAUCUGUUGUCAGCAGGAAUAGGGAGGUGAUCAUUCCCCUGUACUCGGCUUUGAUAAGGCCACACCUUGAAUAAUGUGUCCAGUUUUGGGCCCCUGUCUACAAGAAGGACAUUGAGGUGCUGGAGAGGAUCCAGAGGUGGGCUACCAAGCUAGUAAAGGAUUUGGAGCAUGUCUCCUGUGAGGAACGGUUGAGGGAUCUGGGGCUGUUUAGGCUGGAGAAAAGAAGGCUCAGGGGAGACCUUAUCGCUCUCUACAACUACCAGAAAGGAAAGCUGUAGCGAGGUGGGAGUCGGUCUGUUCUCCCUAGUAACAAGCAAUAGAACAAGAGUAAGUGGCCUCAAGUGUUGCCAAGGGAGGUUCAGGCUGGAUAUGAGGAGCAUUUUCUUUCCAGAAAGGGUUGUCAGGCAUUGGAACUGGCUGCCCAGGGAGGUGCUGGACUCACAGUCCCUGGAGGUGUUUAAGAGAUGGUUGGAUGUUGCACUUAGGGAAAUGGUCUAGUGGGUGAUAGGGCUGGGACAAAGACUCGAUUUAAUGGUCUUAAAGGUCUCUUCCAACUGAAAUGAUUCUGUGAUUCUAAUGUGGGUGGGGGACCCCAAAAGUAUUGAGACGUGGUAGGAACAAGGGCCAGAACCCUUAUGAUGCAUGCAGCAUCAAUAGUCACUCCUUAAAACCUUCCUGAAAAUGCAUCACACCAGGAGUUGAGAUGUAUCUGAAAGUUGGCAUCAGCACGGGGAGGUGGUUUUAAGUCAGGAGUUAUUGUAACAGUUGUGAUUUAAAGAAUGAGUUUAUAUAUAUUUACACAGAUAAUUGAUGUUUUAGCAUGCUUAUCAGGCAUUUAUAUGCACUAUUCUCUAUAGAGGACAAUAUUCAGAGCAACAGGGAUUCUGAAGCUAGCUAGUGAUUUUACAUAAUACAAUCCACAUACUGUGAUAGGAGAAGUCAGGUGCCUUGAUAUGCUUGAAUUUUUGGGAUUCUCCUUUAGUAUUGGAGUUGUAUUGCUUUCUCCCUUCCAUUUUUUCCCGUGAAGUGGAAAUGUGUUCUGAAGCAGAAAGUGUUGUGGAGAGAACAAUUUUAUGAAGGGAGCUGAGUAAUUUUUCAAUGUCCCAUUGAGCCCAGUCACUCUGUGCUGUUGGUUCAGCCUGGGUUACCAUGGCAAGACCACACAGCUGGAGGGAAAACGUGGAGAGAGCUUGAAAGGAAGGUUGGUAAUAUGUGGUAAUCAGAAGAGGUGCACUCCAAAAGCUCCUCACAAGACUCAGUUGUGAGGAAAACAAAAAGCUUUGGUUGUGGUGCUUUUAGAGUAUUCCUUGUGGUAAGUCUUGACAUACCACAGUCUGUGAAAGAUGGAGACUCUACUAGUUUGAGAUCUAAAGGUACCUUCCAGCCCAACCUAUUCUUUGACUGUGUUUUCACAAGGGUGCUAUUUUUGUGGGGCUGAGCACAUGUUAGAAUUACUAAUUUAGUCAUAAUAGCAGCUAUAGUUAAUGUCAUGUUAUUUUCAGAGUGAUGAAGUUCCCAAAUCACGUCCAUUUUCUCUCGGUAUGUGGAAUGUGAAUUGAGAAAUCUCGGAGCACAGCUGUGAAACAAUGUUUUUCAUGAACUAGCAGCUCUUUAUUUCACUGUACUAGCGAGGUCCAUCCUUCUAUUGAACUCUCUUGUAUUCAUAUUGUCCAUGCUGCUACAAACCCAGGGUGUUGUUUGUCACCUGGGAUGAGGCCUUUUCCGCCUCUUUGCCUUCGGGAAUGAGUUACAUCUUUGUAAAGCGCCUUGCAAGGAGUGAGUAAGAAAACCAAGUUCUUGUCUGCUUUAUCCAGCACUUUGCACAUGUGAAGUAGCUGAAAGACGAUGCGCUUCCAGAAAUGGAGAAGUUAAUGGGUUAAGAGACUGGCAAGAGCUUUCCAAUUUGAUAUAACUUGAACCUUAAAAAAAAAGCUGUGCUUCAGAAAAACGCCUCAAAUGUGCCAUAACCUUCCAGGAAGCACCCAUCCAGGAAGCAAUUGCUGAGAGAUACUAAGGAUCUUUUCAGAUGUUACCUCAAGGAAAAGUAGUUGGUGUUUUUUGAGUAAAAUAGUAUGGGCUAAAUUCCCUAGCACGUACAGCUGGUGGAUUAUUCUCAGUCUAUUAUUCCUAAACACCAUAAAUGCAAGUGGAAGGCCACAGGCCACAUGCAUAGAGUUGGCAUGCUCAAAUGGAAUGUUCAGGCUAAAGCUACUGCCAAUGUUUACCUCCAAGAGCUGAGGAAAUGAGGCUAAGCCUUCCCUAGGCACGUUACCCUGAUGCUGGAGGCACAGCAGGUUUAUUGUCAUGUUUGCUGUCACAUGAAAGCUGACAUUGCUACCACGUCUGGAUGGGCUGUGGGAGGAGUGGGAGGGUGU